CGACCUUUUCCUUAAAGUCUCGCUACAUUUCCUCCCAUUUAUCUCUUUUACACAUCCCGACAAAUACCCCUCCCUCUCUCCCUCGUUAAUUCGCUACAUACCCUUUGCAAACGCUUACCAUGUACGCCAAGACUGCUCUGUUCUCUCUCGUGGCCAUCGCACUCAGCGCCUCUGCUGUCCAGGCCCAGACGGACAUCAACGACAUUCUGAACGGCUUCCCGACCGAUGAGGCUGGCCAGGAGGCUCUGGCCAACUCCAUCGCCGCUGGUCUCUCCAGCAUGUUCCAGCAGCCUGGAAUGCUUGAGUCGCUCAGCGCUGCCGCUGCCGCUGCCGCAUCGGCCGCCGGCAUUACUCUGCCCACCAACGCCGAGGAGGCUGAGGCUGCUGCCUCCAAGCUCAUUGCUGCUGCCACUGGUUCUGACGCUAAGGCCCAGCCCACGCAUUCCGCCUCCGGUGCUGCCGCCGACUCUUCCCAUGCCUCCUCUGCCUCGGGUGCUAUCGGCUCCGCUGCUGGUACCACUGCUGCUGGUGGUGCCCCAUCUGCUCCUGCUGGUAGUUCGUCGGCUGUUGGUGGUGGCUCGUCGGCUGCCAGCAAGCAGACCAACGGUGCCACGGGCUCCCAGCCUGUUCUUGCUGCGGCUGCUGCCGUGGCCGCUGCUGCCGUGGCCUUCUUCUAAAAGUUCACUUACGGUAUUCGUUGUUGUCUUUCGCGUGUAAUAAAC